AUGUUGCCACCAGCCCAUCCAGGCAACACCAGGAUGGCAGCCUACCGUGUCCCAUCAGCCGUUUCCGUCUUUUCCCAAGUCCCAAAAUCGAUGGCCGGCCGAUCGCCUAGGCAAGAAUUGCUGACCGAUGCCAGGGAACAGCUUCUAAAUGCUAAAAAGUUCGAACCAGCGGAAUCGUACGAUACAAACGAAGCGUUGACCAUGGUCGAUAUGGGAAGGAGGCUCGUCAAAUCUGAAGCACUAAUAAAACAACAAAAAGCUGUCAUUGAGUCCCUCGACGAACUGAUGACACACCACGAGAGACUUUAUGGAAAAUAUAAAUCCCUCAAAAAAGAAAAUAAGUAUCUGAAGGAGAGAAUAGCACGGCUUGAAGCCCUCGAUAAAGCCGAUCCAGAACUUGGUGAAUGGUCACGCGAAGAUUUAUUAAAACUGGUAAAGAAACUGGAGACCCAGGCGUUGAAAGCACCGAUUAGGGCGGCUGUGGCUACGUUGGAGGAGCAAACAAGAGUCGGAAAAUUGCUCGGCGAGUUGUCGACAAUUUCGAAGAAUUUGGAGGAUUCCCAGCAAGAAAACGACAAUUUGAAAACGGAGGUGGACACGCUGGUGAGGGAAUUGGAACAAGCGAGGAUGGUACAAAAGGAUGCAAGGCCAUUUGGCGUGCCUCCCCUGGAUAUGAAAUCGAUUGGAGGAGAAUCGGACAGUCAGGCAGAGGUUGAAGCGGAAAUGCCAAAUAUUGAAGACUUUGCCGAAGAAGACCGAAUGGAUUUGAUGUCGAGUGAGAUCUAUGAACAAGUGAUGGUACACGCUGCCAGGUUGAGAAUUGCAAAACAAUUAGGUCUGAAUGAU